AUGAUGCCAGACGAGACGAGCCGCGGAUUCGAUGACACGACACGAGACGACAGUGACUGUCUUUCGCCGCUCUCAAGAAACAAACAAGAGGACGACGGAUCGAGUAUCCGAACUUCCAUGGCAGUCGUCGAUGGAGAUGACGACAAUGAAACGGAGGAUCCUCCGGAAAAACGACGCAGUACCGUACGUUUCAACGGCGAAGAUCUAAAUGACUCGGAAAACAAUAACAAUAACAACAACGACACUGUCCGAAAGGUAACUCGGCGUCGUCGUCACAGCAGCGUUCGAAGCCGGUCAACCACAACAACAAUAAAAAUCCGCCCCCUUUGA